UCGCUGCAGUGAUGUUCGGCCUCCUGCUCGCUGUCCUCGCCCUCCCUGGACUCCUGCGUGGGGAUCUGGUGUUCAGAUGCCCGCGCUGCACGGCGGAGAACCAGAACGGCUGCCCUAAGGUCACGCUGUGCGCAGAGAUCGUGCGGGAGCCGGGCUGCGGCUGCUGCCCGGUGUGCGCCCGCCUGGAGGGGGAGUUCUGCGGGGUUUACACGCCGCGCUGCUCCACCGGGCUGCUGUGCUCCCCCAGCCUGGACGCAGAGCUGCCCCUGCAGCAGCUCAUCCAGGGCUUCGGCCGAUGCACGCGCGGUGUGGAGCAGGACCUGAGUUUGGACCUGCUGCCCACUAAUGAGGUGCUCGGCACCGAGAGUCCUCUGGUGAAGAGGCCGCUGCCGGACCCCUGGAACCGGCAGGAGAAAGUCCGGAUUCAGACUCAGAACGAGCUCAGAACCAGGAUGAGGACCAGCCUGCAGGACGAGCGAGUCCAGAGAGAACCGCCGAGCUCCUGUCAGCAGGAGCUGGACCUGGUUCUGGAGGAGAUCUCCAGGAUGACCUCAGAGGACAACCGGGGCCCGCUGGAGAACCUGUACGGCCUCAAGUUCCCCAACUGUGACCGACACGGACUGUACAACCUGAAACAGUGCAACAUGUCGACGCACGGCCAGCGGGGCGAGUGCUGGUGUGUGGACCCGCUGACGGGCGUCCAGAUCCCAGAGACGCCCAGAGUCAGAGGAGACCCCGACUGCCACCGCUUCCAGGAGGCGCUGCAGGCGCCGGCCACCACGACCCGCUAACACACACACACACACACACACACACACACACACACACACACACACACACACACACACACACACACACACACACACACACACACACACACCGGGUUUGAUCCUGCACUCGGUAGAAGCAAAUGCCUUUUCUUCUGUAAUUGGCCAUCUACACAGUGCAGCCUGAAGCGCCACAAAUCUUUAUGAUGAAACUUGUUUUUGCUGAUAAACGGUUUUGUAGCUUCGAGUUCUGACUUUAUGCUUCUGUUAAUUUUUCAUUUCUCUUCAUUGUUUCGCCUGCAGCGGCUCCUCUGGCUCUGGCAGGUUCAUUCUCUCGUUGGUUGCAGCCAAACUUUGAGUCUGAACUCCUUUACUUUGGGUUUGGACAUGUUGCAUAAAAGUAUCAUUUUCCUCAUCUAACAUAUGAUUGUUUUCACAUUUUCUAACACAGAACAAAAGCUGCUUCACAAUUAUAUAUAAUUACUAAAUAAAAAUCCAAAAAUAACAAGAAGAUAUUAUGUAAAACCUGACUUGUUAAAACAAUUUAGAGAUAUUUAAAGGGAAAGCGAGACCGUAUCGGCUGCUGCAGCACAUUGACAUGCAUUAGGACGGCUCCUGCCACAGGAGAUUCUUAUUUUCUAUCUAAUUUCUAUAAAAUAAAGUUAAACCCUUAGAAACACAGAGGCUCAUUAUUUUACCGUCAAACGAAGCAAUGCAACCAAUUCACAUCUAAAUGUUACGUUUGUCAAAGUCAAGCUAGCUCCCGUCUCUAUUCUCUUUUUUCUGAUAUUUUUUUGCUGAGCUGUGAAAUGUGAUCGUAGAUAAUGGAUAGAAAAACAUCACGACGUUUUCUAAUCGUUUUGUGCUGUCAUGUCAUUUUCCUGACAUAACAGCACAGAAACGUUUGAAAUUAGUUUUGGCCAAAUUGUGUACCAGCUAGCAUGCUAUGCUAACUGAUCUGCUCUGAGCUGCUGUUCGUUUCACUCCUGUGAAAAAAUCUCUGAUUGUCCAAACUGACCGCCGCUCACACUGGGUAAGAUAGUCGCUGCUCGCCGCUGCUCCGCAGCUCCCCAACGUUUCUCCAGUCCAUCAUCCGACUGACAGACAGGAAAUGAAACUGGAAAUGUUUCCUUCAAAGUAGAAAAACACAAGUUGACGAUUCUUUUUUCACUGUUAAAGAAAUCAAACUAAAUUGUUAGUUUAUUGUUUUUAUGUAAGAUUCACAUUGUAUUCUGUAGUUUCCCUUUAUGUUUAUAAAAUUAAUAAAAUCUGGACAAAAUCCUCAUUUUA